ACUACAGAUAAACUUUGGCAGUCAUAUACUAAUGGAAUGCCUGGUUUUCUGUUAGGAGAUCCUCUCAUCCGUCUCGAUUACGAAAUUUCUUCCGUGUGCGAUCGAUUACUUGGGCAUAACGCUCUUAGAUAAGUGAAGGGAAUUUAGUUUGAUCUUAUCAAAGGUCAAUUUUUAUGGUAUUUCUGCAAUCACAUUUGGAGCCCAUUUCAUUCUAGAGGGUGUGAAGAAGUUUAAAGGAUCAAAUUGCAGAGAUCAAUUCAAAUUUCAUCAAGAGAAGAUAUGGAAACCCAAAUGGGUGCAGAGAAAAUGGGUCUUCUGGAACAGGGGAUGACAGAAGAGGGGAGGAAGAGCAUGAUUGAGAAGCUUCUGAGGCAGACAUUUGCAAGCACUGCACAUCUUGCAAACCUCCUUCCAACAGGGACUCUCCUGGCCUUUCAAGUUCUGGUCCCCAUUUUCUCCAAUGAUGGCCAAUGUGAUAUGAUUAGCCGUUUCAUGACAGAAUCCCUUGUUUUUCUCUGUGGCAUCUCUUGCUUUCUUGCCUGUUUCACUGAUAGCUUCAGGGGCUCUGAUGGUAAGAUCUACUAUGGGAUUGCCACUCCCAAAGGGCUAUGGACGUUUGAGUAUGUGAGCAACCAUGAUGAUUUAGCAGAGGAAGAAGAUGGCAAAUAUCAGCUUCGCUUUCUUGAUUUCAUCCAUGCAGUGCUCUCUGCUUUGGUGUUUUUUGCUUUUGCUCUUUUGGAUGAUAAGGUGGUGAGUUGUUUGUAUCCUUCGCCUCCAGAGGAGGCAGCAGAGCUCUUGGAUGUUGUUCCAAUUGGUAUUGCUGUAAUUAGCAGCCUGCUUUUCGUUGUGUUUCCCACAACUCGGCAUGGAAUUGGGUAUCCUGUAUCACCCAUUUGAGAUAGGCUCUUUCCUAUUCAUUUUCUUCCAUGAGGACAUACUUCUGAUUGCUGCAGACAUGUACAAACUCAUAUAUUAUCAAUGGAGAAAUUUAAUCUCUUAAGGUUUC